UGUCUGUGUGUGUGUGCGCGCAUUGGGUAACCGCAGCAGCAGCAGUGUUCCAGCAGCUUCAGUUCCGCGGACACGAGGACGAGGAUUUAUUUCGCGGACUCCAGAAAACACGCAGACUCAGCUGGAGGAGCGUCUCUCAGCUCGACCUCCGGACACACACACACUCUCCCUCACACGUUGUGUACAAGCAGCUGAUUGGACCCGGGUGUGUGUGGUAAACAUGGGAGAGCAGAGGUCAGUCCAACCCGUCCUGCUCCUGCUGCUGCUCCCGCUGCUCCUCACCAGGCUGUCCCAGCUGUGGGCCUUCCCCUUCAGCCCGUCUCUGGACCUGGACGUCACGCCCAGGACAACGGUCUUCUCCAAAGGGCUGUUGGGCAGCGUUCGCUUCAAUGGCUCUUCCCAGAACUACAGCACCCUCCUGCUGGAGGAGGAGGCCGGGCGGCUGUACGUGGGAGGCAGAGGAGCUCUGUACGCACUCAACACCUCCGACAUCACCACACCUGGAAUCCUCACAAUUGAUUGGGACGCAUCCCCUGAACAGAAGAAGAUGUGUCUGAACAAAGGAAGAGACAAUCAGACGGAGUGUUUCAAUCACAUCCGCUUCCUGCAGCGGUUCAACGAGACGCACCUCUACGCCUGCGGAACCAACGCCUUCAGACCGCUCUGCGCUUACAUAGACGCAGAGCGGUUCGGCUUCUCCUCGGGCUUCGAGGAGGGAAGAGACCGGUGUCCCUACGACCCGGCAAAGGGCUACACCGGCCUCCUCCUGGACGGGGAGAUGUUCACGGCCUCUCAGUACGAGUUCCGCAGCUCGCCAGACAUGCGCAGAAACUUCCCCUUCCCCACGCUCAGGACCGAGGAGGCCCCGACCCAGUGGCUUCUGGAGGCGGACUUCGUGGGCUCGGUGCUGCUGAAGGAGAGCGUCAACAGCUCCAUCGGGGACGACGACAAGAUUUACUUCUUCUUCACGGAGAGGAGCCAGGAGCAGGCGGCCUACCCGAGCCAGACCAAGGUGUCCAGGGUCGCCCGGGUCUGCAAGACUGACUGGGGGGGGCAGCGGACCCUGCAGAGGAAGUGGACCUCCUUCCUGAAGGCCAGGAUGGUUUGUUCCGUCCCAGAGUACGAGCUGCACCUCAAUAUCCUGCGCAGCGUGUUUGUGCUGCAGGGUCGGGACGCCCAGAGCAGCAUCUUCUACGGCAUCUUCGGCCUUGAGUGGAAGAACAUCAAGGCCUCUGCGAUUUGCCAGUACGCCUUCUCAGAUGUGCAGAAGGUGUUCGAGGGGCCGUACAUGGAGGUGCAGGACUCGAAGUGGAGGGAGUACACAGGGAAGGUGCCGGAGCCGAGACCUGGAUCUUGUAUAACAGAUCGGCACCGGGCCCAGGGCAUCAACUCUUCUCGUGACCUCCCGGACAAUGUCCUCACCUUCGCCAGGAGGCAUCCACUCAUGGCCGGCCAGGUGCACCCAGUGGGAGUGCGCCCCCUGUUGUUCAAGAGGAGCGUCAACUACGUCAAGAUGGUCGUGCACAGGGAGCCGGCGCUGGAUGGAAACAUUUACACCGUCCUGUUUUUGGGAACUGAUGACGGCUGGCUGCACAGAGCUGUGGACAUCGAAGGAGAAAUGCACAUCAUAGAGGAGCUGCAGCUGUUUGACAAACCUCAGCCCGUGGAGAGCCUGGUCAUCUCCUCGGCUCUGCGGAGCGUCUACGUGGGCUCACACUCUGGAGUCGUGCAGCUGCCGAUGUCGGCCUGUCGGAGAUACACUUCCUGUUACGACUGCGUGUUCGCCAGAGACCCGUUCUGCGGCUGGGACGGGGGGGCGUGUGUAGAAAUAUCCUCCAGUGCACAGAGGUCAAACAUAACUCAGGAUAUUCUGAGAGGGACCAGAGGCUGCAAGGAGAAUUUGGGAAACGUCGUCCAUCGGCGUCGCUCUGUGAUGUCGGGCGACGACGUGCUGCUCCAGUGUGAACUACGCUCCAACCUGGCGACGCCACGCUGGACCCUGAAUGGUAAAGACCUCCAGGGGUUCGACCUGAACUCGGGCUACCGCAUCGGCACAGACGGCCUCCUCAUCAUCGGCGCCCGGGCCCAGCAGAGCGGGUCGUACCGCUGCCUCGCCGUGGAGAACUCGGUCUCGGUGCUGGUUUAUCUUUACACGGUCCGGGUGCACACAGACCCGUUCUACCCCGUGGAUUCCACGGCCACCACCAGCCCCACCACAGUUUCCAGCCCAGCUGUUGUCUCCACCAGCGGCCCCACCGAGCAGCCCCUGCCCUCGCCCCCCGCCCCGCUGCCUCCGGGACCCGAGUUCCAGAACUACAGACACAUGGAGGCCGUGUACAUCUCCCUGGUGGCCGUGCUCGGGGGGCUUUGCCUGGUGCUGAGCGUGGUGCUGCUCUACGUGAGCUUCUGCACCAGGCGGGCCUCUCGGGACCCAAAGUUCUCCCAGCAGGGGCUGCGGGUCCUGGGCGACUCCGAGAGGAAGAGGAGCUCCCUUUUUGAACUCACAACCAUCUCCAGCCACUGCAACGGGCGCCAGGCGCGUCACUCCAUGUCGAUGCCAAACUUCGCGGACAUGGGCGACGGCUUCCUGCAGAUCGUUCCAGGUCAGGGAAACAUGUCCCCGACCAAAACGCCUCCGCCGGCCCCUCCCCUUCCGAUGCCGCCUCCCCUUCCCAGCAUGGACUACGCCAACGGGCUGUCGGCCACCCUGCCCAGCGUGCUGAGGAAGAUGAACGGGAACAGCUACGUGCUGCUGCGGCAGGCCGACCACGAGGGCACGUCGCCGCUCUACCACUCCUUCACAGAGGAGCUCAACAGGAUCCUGGAGCAGAGGAAGCACACGCAGCUGGACCUGCAGCCGGACGAGAGCUCCAUCUAGGACGUCCCUCUCACUCUUUGUCCCACUAGUUAUUUAUUUUGACCCCAGCUGUGACCCGUAGUCGUGGGGGGGAACUGUAACCCUGCUGUCGGAGCCCCUGAUCUGAGAUGUUCAGCCUCCUGAGACACAGGGUCCACGAUGGACAACAUUAACCAGAUUGAUAUUCGAUUCGGCCAAAGACGACAGCACAAGAAAAAACCCUGAGGAGGAAACGUAAUGCUCCUCAGUCGGGCCACACAAAAGACAAACUGCUAAAUGGGGCAUAGGUCAAAAAAUACAGAAGCUCAGGAGGCGAUUCUGUCUCCUUGAGCCUGAGGAGGAGCUGAGGAAGUCCUUGGUGCCGUUAACCCUCUGUGGGGCGUGAGGUCACACUUCCUCUAGGCGUGCCCCGUGUGUCGCAAUGAGCACGUUCCUGUUUUUGUCCACGGCUUCGUUGUGGUUCCUCUGACCGGAGGAACCAAGGUUUGACUCAUCUGACUCGAUGCAGGACUGGACUCAGAUUCUCAGAGUCCGAUGAUCUUAAUAACUUGAUUGAAUUGGAUUCUUUGCCCCUCGAUGUCGGACCUCCAGGGUUUUUUUAAUGCGCAAGAAUAACGUAUGGCAAAGUGUACGAACUGUUACACAGUCCAAAACAAGAAUCACAACGUUAACGGCUAACAAGGAGAACCAGCCCCAACUCGCCACAACAGUGCUGACCCCUUAGAAAUGCACUAAUCACCCAAGACUGCUGGACAAGUGAAAGGCUCACGGCGGCAGAAGUGCACGUGGAAAAGACAACAGCAAAUGAACAUAAACAAAAUAUGACAAAUCAGUAUCACACAAUGCCAGUUUAACAAAAACACGACAAAUGAUGAAUCCCUUCUGUAAAUCGUCCAAUCAGCAUCAAUCCUCAUCACUAACAGAUACACAGAGGUUAAUACUGGUUUAUGUGAACUCGACUAAUUAUCAGAUAACGAGCCACAUUUUUCUGUGAAAGCGGCAAAACCCCAGUUGUUUCGAUCCCACAGUGAAAUAUGUCUUUUACAUGGAGCAUCACUUUAAGAAGACAGUUCUGUUAACGUGCACGACACAUGACAUGUUUGAGUUUAUUUUCUAAACCACUCUUUUCUCAUCUUUUAUUCUCAUGUAAAUAUCAAUACUCACAUCACAGUGGCAGCAGUAAGUUCAAAUGUGUAAUGUCAGUUCCAAUAGAGGGUUAACUUUUACUUUGAGAAUGAUUCUGGAAGUAAAAGAGUUUUAAGUCUGGAACCAGGAAGAUGAAUCGUGACCAUAAAAACAUUUGAUUUAGAGCAAAUGAAAAAAAAAAAGGCAAAUGUACAAGACUGUGGACUUAAUAAUUUAAAGAGUGAAGAAACUACGCUUCCCAUAAACCAUUGUGAUCAACACCAGCUUCCACUGCUUCUUCUUGAAUUGUGUUGUGGUGAUUUUGUUUCCUCCUGAGAUAGAACGAUGAUAUUUCAAAGCACUGGAUUCUUUCAGGACAUUUUGUCACAACAAGGAAAAUAUACAGAAAACGGUAAAUGACAGAUUACUUUGUCCUCCGCCCGGUGGCAAGUUUCCCAAACCAGCAAAGCGAGGACCUUCACAAAAGCCUCCUCAGUGUUUACCUGACAUCAGAGCAGUGUUAAAACAACACAAACUGCCGAGCGGACAGUUUUCCUCUGGCAAGACAAACAGCGCGAUGAUGAAAUACAGGUAGAACGUGGAGAGAAGUGGCUGAAAUGAAUCUCGGGUGUAAUUUGUAAACGUGUCACGGCCAAAUAGAGAAUCUGUCUUUGCAGCGAGGCCUUGAAUCAGCAGCAGCCGCCCUCUCCGGUGACUCACAGCGGGCAUCUGUCAGGGUGACAGUAACGGCAGCAGUUUGGCUCACCUCCACCAGGAGAAGACGGGGGGGGGGGGUCUGUCUGUUUGCAUGGACCAAUGUCGUUCGUUCAGGUCGAGGCGGACGGGGACACACUUGACCUUCAUGUCCCUGUGGAAUCCGGAUGAUGAUGAAACGAGGCAGUUUUCUCUGAUCCUCUCCGGUUUUUCCUUGAAAGUCACUUUGUUGUAAACCUGGACAGAAUCAUAAUGGAGGAAAUGCACUGGGGCGGAAAAUGUGCUGGUGUGGAUUGAGAAACCUCGGCUUCACAGGCCUCACCUUGAGUUCUGGGGUUUUUAAUUAACUGAGGAAGCCGGUUGGAUGAGAGGUGAAAAGUGUCCAUCAGCUCUAGAUUCAGCUUUUCUUUAAUUACAGAUACACUUUAUGAUUAUUCAAAAGUUUGCUCCUCUGUUUAUAUAGAAAGCAUUUCAACGUGUGAACUCAAACUUGAACCACGUCCUUCUGGGUCCUGCCGUCUCCUCGUGAUGUUACAGCAACAUCAGUCUCUCCUUUGAACAAAUUGAUCAAAGUUCUGAUCGAGGAUUUGUUUUUCCACAUUUCCUAGUUUCUAAAUGAAUAAUUCAUGUUAAUUGAUGAAAGAAAAAACGGACAAUUUUCAGGGGACUGAUAUUUAUGAGUGUGUGAGAUCCUGAUAAGAAUCUGGAUCCAGUGAGUUCCAUAAGUAAAUAUGCUUUUUACUGAG